ACAGCACACAUUAUAUACAUAUAUACAGCAGUUGCCUCAGCUGCGUAGUUGCUUUGUCCGCGUUUUACGUGCCUUCAACUGGCUAUAUUUGUGUGUGUGUGGGUAUACGUCAACGAGAGCGGGGACGUGGUGGUGUAGCGUACGGAGUUCUAGCUCGCGCGUAUACGUAUGUGUGUGUGUCUCUCCCGUCUUCUUCUGUCUCUCGAAGUGCGCAGCCAGCGCGACUCCGUAGUCCACUACAUUUACACGCACACAGAGGCACACGUACACGCACACAAGGCAGGCCAAAGUAAAAUGGAGUCAGUACAGCAGAGAGAGCUGAUCGUGUAAUCUCGUGUGCACGCAAGUGUGUGCACUCUGUGUGGUGUGCAGGCGCUCGCGGGUGAGAUCAGCAGCAGCAGCAGCGCAUCGCAAGUGAGAGAGAGAGAGAGAGAGUGAGCAUCAACGAGGCUCAAGAUGUUUCCGUCGUUGAACUCGGUGCUCGGCUCGCCUGGGGCCACGACGGGUAGGUGUCCAUCGCCCACGAGCCCGUCGAGCACCUCCGUGUCCGGUGUGACGGCGGCCAACGUGGUCGACGGCGAGAGCAGCAGUCCCACGCAGCAGCAGCAGCAACAACAAACGACGCCGAACAACGGCAGCAGCAGCAACAACAGCAACAGCAGCCAGCAGAGCCAGAGCCAGCAGAGCUCGGCCCUGGUACUGUCGAAUCCCCAGAGUCGCCAGGUAGCCCGCGGCGAUGACGACCAUACGCCGCCGCAGCCGCCGGAUCUGCCCAUAUUUACGUGUCCGCGCAGGCCCAACAUCGGCCGCGAGGGCCGUGUCAUCGGACUGCGCGCCAAUCACUUUCAGAUCACGAUGCCGCGCGGCUACGUGCACCACUACGACAUCAACAUCAUCCCGGACAAAUGCCCGCGCAAGGUGAAUCGCGAGAUCAUCGACACCAUGGUGCACGCCUACGACAAGAUCUUCGGCAAUCUCAAGCCCGUCUUCGACGGCAGGAGCAAUCUCUACACCAGGGACCCGCUGCCGAUCGGCACGGACAAGCUCGAGCUCGAGGUCAUCCUCCCGGGCGAGGGCAAGGACAGAGUUUUCCGUGUAACCAUCAAGUGGGUCGCCCAGGUGUCGUUGUUCGUGCUCGCCGAGGCUCUGGAGGGUCGUUCCACUCAAGUACCCUACGAUGCUAUUUUGGCCUUGGAUGUCGUCAUGAGACACUUGCCUUCCAUGACCUACACACCUGUUGGUCGGUCGUUCUUCAGCAGCCCCGAUGGCUAUUACCAUCCCCUGGGUGGCGGCAGAGAGGUUUGGUUUGGCUUUCAUCAGUCUGUGCGCCCAUCAUUGUGGAAAAUGAUGCUGAACAUAGAUGUUUCAGCCACAGCUUUCUACAAGGCUCAGCCUGUCAUUGAAUUUCUGUGUGAAGUUUUUGACAUUCGUGAUAUAAGGGAACAAAAGAAACCACUUACAGAUUCGCAAAGGGUUAAAUUUACAAAAGAAAUCAAAGGACUGAAAAUUGAAAUUACACAUUGUGGUAAUAUGAGAAGAAAAUACAGAGUAUGUAAUGUCACUCGCAAAGCAGCUCAAAUGCAAUCAUUCCCACUUCAGUUAGAAAAUGGCCAAACAGUUGAGUGUACUGUUGCAAAAUAUUUCAAUGAUAAGUACAAUAUGAAAUUAAGGUAUCCUCAUUUACCUUGUUUACAAGUUGGUCAAGAGCACAAACAUACAUACUUGCCUCUUGAAGUAUGUAACAUUGUGGCUGGACAGAGGUGUAUUAAAAAAUUAACAGAUAUGCAGACAUCGACAAUGAUCAAAGCUACAGCCCGUUCUGCACCAGAUCGUGAAAGAGAAAUCAACAAUUUGGUUCGAAGAGCUGAUUUUAACAAAGAUUCUUACGUUCAAGAAUUCGGUUUAACUAUCUCCAAUUGUAUGGCAGAGGUUAGAGGUAGAAUUUUACCUCCACCCAAGCUUCAAUACGGUGGCAAAGUCAGUUCAAUGAGUGGCCAAACCAAACAACAAGCCUUACCAAACCACGGAGUCUGGGAUAUGAGAGGCAAGCAAUUUUUCACCGGUGUUGAAAUUAGAGUUUGGGCUAUUGCCUGUUUUGCUCCUGAACGUACCUGCCGUGAAGAUGCAAUUAGGACAUUUAUAUCAAAUUUACAAAAAAUCAGCAAAGAUGCAGGCAUGCCCAUCAUUGGUUUGCCAUGCUUCUGCAAAUACGCCCAGGGUGCCGACCAAGUCGAGCCCAUGUUCAGAUACUUGAAAUCACAAUUUCCAGCUCUACAACUUGUUGUAGUAGUUCUGCCAGGUAAAACUCCAGUUUACGCCGAAGUAAAGCGAGUGGGUGAUACUCUAUUAGGAAUGGCCACACAAUGCGUUCAAGUCAAGAAUGUAAAUAAGACAUCUCCACAAACCCUGUCUAAUCUGUGCUUGAAGAUCAACGUUAAACUUGGAGGCAUCAACAGUAUUUUGGUUCCAAACAUAAGACCAAAGGUAUUCAACGAGCCCGUCAUCUUCUUCGGCGCCAUCACCACGCACCCACCAGCCGGUGACAGCAAGAAGCCCAGCAUAGCAGCCGUCGUGGGCAGCAUGGACGCCCAUCCAUCCCUGUACGCCGCUACCGUUCGAGUGCAGCAGCAUCGCCAGGAAAUCAUUCAGGAGCUCAGCUCGAUGAUCAGAGAGCUGCUGAUAAUGUUCUACAAGAACACGGGUGGCUACAAGCCGCACAGAAUCAUUCUUUACAGGGACAGCGUGUCCGAGGGACAGUUCCUGCACGUGCUCCAGCACGAGCUCACGGCGAUCCGCGAGGCCUGCAUCAAGCUCGAGUCCGACUAUCGUCCGGGCAUCACGUUCGUCGUCGUGCAGAAGCGCCACCACACCCGGCUGUUCUGCGCCGACGCCAAGGAGCAGAGCGGCAAGAGCGGCAACAUACCCGCCGGCACGACCGUCGACGUCUGCAUCACCCACCCGACCGAGUUCGACUUCUAUCUAUGCAGUCACCAGGGCAUCCAGGGCACCUCGAGGCCGUCGCACUAUCACGUGCUCUGGGACGACAACAAGUUCGAGAGCGACGAGCUGCAGUGCCUCACCUAUCAGCUGUGUCACACGUACGCCAGGUGCACGCGCUCCGUCAGCAUCCCGGCGCCCGCCUACUACGCGCACCUGGUGGCGUUCCGCGCGCGCUACCACCUGGUCGAGAAGGAGCACGACAGCGGCGAAGGAUCUCAUCUGUCCGGGGCCAGCGAGGACUGGACACCCGGGGCUAUGGCCAGGGCCAUCACUGUGCAUAACGACGUCAAGAAAGUUAUGUACUUCGCGUAGAUUAUAUUGAUCUUCUGAAUAGUUUUUAGGGGUACGAUUCACAUUCUUCUAUAUUUUUUUUUCAUUUUUUUUUUUU